AUGCCUGGAAAGCGCAAUAAGGUCAACGAAAACUUGGCAUUGGGCCACGGAGAAAUGCAAUCGGAUACACCUCCAGAUGUACGGCAAGUCAAAUUAGAUGCAUUUUCAUGUCAUGGCUCUAAUGUUAGUUUAUUAAGUAAACGUAGUAAAGUUAGCUCUAGGAUUACCUUAGCAGAGUUAAAAGAAAGGCAAUUAUUAGAAAUGAGGGACUUGAAAGAUAGACAGAGGAAACAACUACUGUGCUUUCAGAGAGAGUUUGGGUCGUUAAGGCUGAACAAAAGCACGUGUAGCAAAUUAUCUUCUGUUUCUAACUGUGAUGACAGAGAAAAGGAGCACGUUCACAGGUUCGUAAGUCCUUCUCAUGACCUUAGGAUAAAGUCUCUAGAAAAGUCAAAACUGUUAGAUUAUCCAGGAACGAAGGAGAAAGUGACCUUGGAAUCUCUAAGUGUAGGUCAUGAACUUCCAACAGUAGAGCACGAUGCCUACUUCGAUGAAAGUUACAAUAUUGUUCCUUUACCUAGAGGAGUGGCUGAGGAAGACAUUGCUACCCCUGUUAUUGGCAAUGAGUCUGGUAUGUGUAAAGCUGGCUUCACCAAAAAUGAUGCUCCCAUAGCCGUAUUGCUCUCUAUUGUUGGAAGAACUAGACAUCAAGUGACUGUGGAAAUGGAUGGAAAGGACAGUCAUGUGGGAGACGAUGCUCGACCGAAACGUGUUAUCCUGACACUGAAGUACCGAAUUGAACAUGGUAUUGCAACUAAGUGGGGUGAUAUGGAGAAGAUGUGGUACCACACAUUCUACAAAGGGUUGCGAGUGGCAACAGAGAAACAUCCGGGGUUGUUGAGAGCAGUUUCAUUGAACCCGAAGGCAAACCAUGAGAUGACAAGGAUCAUGUUUGAGACUUUUAAUACACCAGGUACGUGUGCUGCUACUCAAACGGUGUUGUCACUAUGUACACUAUGUACAACUGGUAUAGUGUUGAACUUAGGUGACGGUGUGACCCACACAGUUCCGAUUUAUGAAGAUUAUGCGUUGCCUUAUACUGUUUUGCGAUUGGACUUUGCUGGUAGAGUUCUUGCCGACUUUAGGAUGAAGAUCCUGACUAAGACAGGUUGCAGUUCCUCUGUCUAUUCGUGGAACAUACUCAGGCGCAAACCACCGGACAUCGUUUUACUCUAUAGUAAGUCUAGAGUGGCAUCUAUAAAACAGGCAACUGUGCCUAGACUGGAACUAACAGCGGCAGUAUUGAGUGCUAGAAUGGGGGAAGUUUUAAAUAAGAACCUUCCUCAUGUGUUUGACAAGACUCACUUCUCGAUGGAUUCUAUGAUAGCACUGUACUAUAUAAAAAAUACAGAUAGUAGGUAUUCCACCUUCGUGGCUAAUCGUCUGGCCGUUAUUCGUCAUUUAACAUCUGUGGACCAGUGGGGGCACGUAGAAUCCCAUAAAAAUCCUGCUGACUGGACAUCACGAGGCAUACGGAAGGAGCUAGAUUUAAAGAACUGGAUUGAGGGUCCUUCCUUCUUAUGGAAGAAAGAGUCUGUAGGAACACUGACGCUUAUGUGCGAAAACCCCCCGGAAAAUGUUGAAUUUAAAAGAUGCCACACGACCAACGCAGUUGCGCUAAAACACAGCUCAAGUCCAAUUCUGCUAUAUCACUCACAUUGGAUAAAGCUGAUUAAAGCGGUAGCAUGGCUCAGAAGAUACGUGAUCUAUGUAACCAUCAUGUACUCCCAUCACAAUGACAGGUCCCUAAGUGUGGGCUAUCUGUCAGUUGAUGAAUUGGAUGCAGCUAAACACAAGGUAUUAGCCUUAGUGCAAAAGGAAGUGUAUGGGGAAGCAGUAAAGGUGUCUCGAUGCAAUGGCGUAAGCGCAACUGAUAUAAAAGAGCUAAAAAAUCUUUCACCUACGCUAAUCGAUGGAUUGCUUUGUGUCGGCGGACGAUUAAAUUACUCGGAUUAUCCACUCUCAAUCAGACAUCCAGUAAUUUUACCCAGUCGUCACUUCGUAACAGAACUUAUUAUUAGACACCAUCACCACCUAGAAGGUCACACCGGGACAGCACAAGUGUUAGCUACCAUACGACGAAAUUAUUGGAUUGUUAAAGGAACCAGUGCAGUUAAAAGAGUGAUAGGUAGAUAUGUGAGGUGUAUACGCGCAAAAGCCACAUUAGGCCAACAGAUGGUGGCACCUCUCUCCAAGUGUCGAGUGCAGCAAGGCUGGUUUUGCUUCUCCUCCGUCGGGAUAGACUAUUUUGGGCCGUUGAUAGUUCGUCGGGGAAGAAGUGUGGAAAAAAGAUAUGGAUGCCUAUUUACGUGUCUCCAAACACGUGCCGUACAUUUGGAAGUAGCUUUCAAUUUGAGUACUGAUGCUUUUAUAAUGGCUUUAAUGCGUUUCAUAGGAAGGAGAGGAACUCCUAAGGAAAUCUAUAGCGACAAUAGAACUAACUUUGUCGGGGCUACUUCCGAAUUACGGGCUAAUAUGAGUGUGUGGGACAAGCAUAAAAUAAACGACUUAACAGUAUCGAAGGGUAUACGCUGGCAUUUCAACCCCCCACUAGCUAG